AUGAAGUUGCUCCGACGAAACGUCGACCCUACUACGAAAAGUGGGUCUGUUGUCUUGAUCCCGGAAGAAAGUGAGGACCUCUGGCAUCUGUACAAUCUUGUGGCACGCGGAGAUUGCGUCACUGCUCAGACAUAUCGGAAGGUAAACCUUUUGUGAUGGGUGUUGUACUUAAGCUUAAGGUAAAGGUGUAGAAGUUGCAGUACCCUUGUGUUGGCGAUGACGAGCAUGUCAGGCAUUUAAUAAUAAUCUGAAUUUUGAUGAUGUCCGGGGUUCUCAAGUAUAAGUGAUAGAUUGAUAUUGCAAACUAACAGGUAGAAAAAGCCCAAGCCACUGGCACAGUUAGCAAAGAACGACGUCGAGUUCGCUUGAAAAUCGAGAUCACAAAAGACGUCGAUUACGAUGCAGAAGGUGACGAAUUGCGAUUUCCCGGUGUCAAUGUCGCUGAGUGCGAGUACGUCCCUCUGGGAGCCAAUCAUACCAUCAGUUUAGAGCUAAACGAGAAGAUUGAGAUCGAAAAAAAUGCCUGGGAUACAGUGCAUCUGGACAUCAUCCGGGAAAGCACGGACAUUCGCGCCACCAGUGAUACAUGCGUUUUGCUCCUAGAUCAAGCACAAGGACUAGCGCAGUUUUUCUUUCUCACAAAUGUGUUGGCGAAAGUGGUAUUCAAAGUGCAAACCAUGCUGCCGAAGAACCGGAAGUUUGAAAAGGGGAAUUUCGACAAAGCAUUGAAGAAGUUUUACGACAGAAUAAUCGAAGGGUUCAAGCUGCACGUCAAUUUCGACAAUAUCAAAUGCGUAGUUUUGGCCGGACCUGGGUUUUUGAAGACAGAGUUUUUCAACUACUUACGAGACGACAACGGAAAACGGGCAGCAGAGAUUUUUUCGGGCGGACCUGGUCAGGGAGGAGGGCCUUCGACGACGAAGGGUGGGCCUUCUGGUGGUGCGUCGAGUUCAUCUGCGAGUGGCUCCAGCGCUGCUUCAGCCCUACGACGCCUAAAUGAAAUCUUCUUCGAGGCGAACUGUAGCACAGCGAACAAACAGGGACUUCAGGAGUUGCUGGAACAAGAAGGAGUAGCCAAACGGAUCGCAUCGACGAAAGCUGGGGAACAGAUCGAAGGUUUGGAUCAGUUAUAUAAGCGAUUAGCGACAGAUCCAGAAAGAGCGUGCUAUGGGCCUGGACAGGUAAUCUAAUUGUUGAGGUGCGCUUGUACAUAGGUGUGCACCAGCGAGUACAUAGGUGUGCAAUCAAGUGAAUUUUUUUCGAGCUUGGGUAGAUCGAUUGUUCGUUUGAUCGACUUAAAUUACUCUAGACAUUGACAUCAUCUACAUCAGAAAUCGCAGGUCCUCUUCGCUCUUCAAAACGGCGCAGUGGAGAAGCUGUUUCUUACUGACUCACUUUUCCGUCAAAAAAAGGAUUUAGCUGAUCGUGCCAAAUACGUGGAGAUGGUCGAAUUAUGCCGAGAGCUGACUGGGAGAAGAGAUUCUGUUGUGAUUUUUUCAUCACAGCAUGUUUCUGGCGAGAAAUUGUCUGCGUUGUCGGGAGUAGCGGCUUUGUUGAGGUUUCCAGUCGAGAACUUGGAUUGCAUAGAUUCAAGCGAUGAGGAAGGGGAGGACACUGCAGAUCCAGGUGUAGGAAACCAAGGCGCUGGCGGUAGGACAAACGAUGCACAGCAUCACAACAACAUGCAAGACGGUGACGACGAUCCAUUGGGUGGACUAGGAUUAUCACCAGCAAUAGCACAUGGUCAGCCACAGGGAGGCCAUUGGAAUGAAAUGGAAGAUACUGGGCCUGCUCCAAGACCUGAGGAUGCUGGAGAUGCGAUUGAUGAAUUGUUUGGACUUUGACGAAAACCAUUUUUCCAUCACAACGAACACACAAACUUCCCUCUUCAACUCUCCGCCAUAAACUAAUUCCUUCGAUCCCUGUAUUCGAACCGCGCAUGAAACAUACAUCAAAAGAUGCCGACUAUCGUCGUGAUUCUUUCUUGAGCAUCACCUUAUCUUUCC